AUGGCGGAGGCAGGAGCAGAUGACCCCAUCCUGGUUGAUCAACAGCUCCGUGACAUGGACGAGGACCUUUUGUGGGAGAUGGUAGAGGGUCAUCGCUACAGGAUUGUUCGUGGUGUCACCCCGAGCCGGCUUACACCCUACCUGCGCCAGGCCAAGGUGCUCGGUCAACUUGACGAGGAAGAGGUGCUGCACAGCCCUCAGUUCACAAACAGCGCCAUGAGAGUGGGUCACAUGCUGGAUCUCUUGAAAUUCCGUGGGAAAAAUGGAGCCCUUGCCUUUCUGGAAAGCCUGAAACUCCACAACCCAGAUAUUUAUGUGCUCAUCACUGGCUUGGAACCUUCCAUAGACCACAAUCAUUUCAGUGACUUGAUUGAGAGUUCCCAACUGACAGAAUGCUUGGCCAAGGCAGUGAGCAGCCUGCAGGAAGAACUGAGCCAGGAGAAGAGGCAGAAGGUGUCUUUGCUCCAUCACUGCCGCAAGCUGAAGGAGAAGACCGCCCGACUGGAAGCACAAGCUGAAAGCCUGAGCGGCAUUGAGGCCGAAUGUAACCGCAUGAAGAGGGAGCUCAGUGCCCACUUCCAUGAAGCCCUCAAGCUUAAAGAUGAACUUUAUGGCCUGUCUUUACGUUACAGCAGUGCCCUGCAGGAGAAGGACCUGGCCAUCACCCGCUGUCAGAGCCUGCAGGAAGAGCUGUACCUGAUGAAGCAGGAAUUGCAGCGAGCCCGGGUGUCAUCCUAUUGUGAAUGGGAGAGGUCCUCAAGGCCAGCUGGGGACACACAGCCACAGGCCGAUGAACUUCAGACACUGAGAGAAGAGAACGAGCGUCUCAAGUCAAUGGUGGAGCUGGGGACCUUCAGUGUGGUGCAGAAGGAUAUCCUGGAGCAGAACCUCGAUGAUGCUCUGGACGGAAAGCAGGAGCUGCUGAAUCGCAUCCACUCGCUGAGGGAGCAGGCGGCGCUUGCUGAGAAUCAGCGGAAGCAGUGCUGGGAAGAAAAGGAGCACACUCUGAUCCAGUGCCAGAGGAUGAAGGUGGACUGUGAGAUCUACAAGGACAAAAUCAGUGCCCUCCAGGCACAAGUGGCUGAUCUGCAGAAAGAGAGAGAUCAGGCCUACAGCGCAAGGGAUGCUGCUCAGGUGGAAAUUUCUCAGAGCCUCCUGGAGAAAGAUUCGCUCCGCCGCAAAGUCUUUGAGCUCACUGAUGAGAUCUGUGAACUCAGGAAGCAGACAGGCCUAAGUGGCUCAGUGCUCGCGCAGGUGCAGUGGGAUGGGCCUGCCAGCUCUCUGACCAAGGAACCUUGUCCAAAGAGGAAACAGCGUCUUGUGCGCAUGAACGCCGUCUGCCCCCGGGGUGACAGCCAGGACAGCUUCUUGAGCAUGUCUGAGUCUUGGUCAGAUUUAAGCAACAGGUCAAACCAAGAGCUGCUUGGGAGCAUCCGCUCAUGCUGCCCAAUCCCACCAUGUAAGCAUUCCCUACAGAGGAGAGCCAUGCAAGAAAGUUCUUUUUCCAGAAGCAGUUCCCUGGAGUUUCUGGAGGACGAUUUCCCUUCAGCUUCCGAAGAGAAAGUAGAAGACCCCCCUUUUGAGUAUGAGAUGGUGGAAAAAGAGGAUGGCAACUCUUUGUGGCUUCACCUGGACCCCUGCAUCUCAGAGAGUGUGCCUAUGCGCCGGCGGCUUGCACAGCGUUUCCCAAGCCGCAUCACAACCAUUGCCUUCCAAGCCAACACUUUGAUGGAACAAAUCAGCAUCAUUGGGGGGAACCAGACGGGCAUCUUCAUUCACCAAGUCACACCUGGCUCUGCUGCUGAUGAGAUGUCUUUGUCGCCAGGCCAUCAGAUUGUGCUGGUGGAUUAUGGAGUCAUGGAACCAGGUUUCAAGGCUGUCCUGGAGGAUGCAACACUUGAGGAGGCUCUUUGGGUCCUGGAAAGGGUCAAUGGCUUCUGCUGCCUGUCUGUGCGUCUCAACAUGGAGGGCUAUAAGAAGCUGCUGAGUGACCUGAACUCCAAGCUGGUGACAUCUGGAGACUCCUUCUACGUUCGGUCCAACCUCUGCCUUGAGAGGCAGGCACCUGGGGAACUUCUAGUAGGGUGCCAUGACAUCCUGCACAUCACCGACACAGUGUGCCAGGGACAAACGCAGUGGAGUGCCUGCCAGGUGAACCCCUACACCAUGAAAGACAUGGAUGCUGGCACUAUCCCCAACUACUGCCGGGCACAGCAGCAACUCAUCACCCUGAUUCAGGAAAUGGCCCAGAAGAGCACCGUCACUCACAAGAAUUCUGGGUUGCAGCCCAAACUGGUGCGAAUCGUGAGCACAGACAACAAGAAGAUCAAUCCGCUCUGGUCAUCGAUGGACUGCAGCCUGUCGGACUCCAGCAAGCCACAUAUGAGCCGUCGAGUCAGUCUUCACACCAGGAGCUGUGUCAGCUUGAUGCCGUACACUUUGGUCAGGCCCUGCAGGCCUGGCUGCCCACGCCCAGUCCUCCUGGUGCCAACGCUGUUGGGAAGGAUCCUGGCUGACAAGUUGUGCCUGUCCAAGGCCUUUGAGAAAUGUCCAGCAGAGCCCCAAGGCGAAACACAGAGUAGAGAUGCACUCCCUGAAAAAAGCGAGAUGAGUAGCAACUGCUGUGUUCCCCAUCAGGCUCUGGAGUGGCUGAUGCAAAAGAAUGUGCAUGGCUGGCUGGACCUGGGCCUGGAAAGUGUGCAGGAACUCCUGGCUAUGGAAAUCUACCCCAUCAUCAUCUUGGUCACCAUCAGUGAAAAGAAUGGAAAGAAAUUCAGGAAAGCCCUCCAGCGUCUCGGAGCAACUGAGGAGCAACUUUUGGAGACUGCCCGGAAAGAGGAGGCCCAGCUGGAGACAGUGCCCUGCCUCUAUGGCACCAUCGCCCCUGAUGCCUGGAGUGACCACGACACUCUUGUAAGCUGUGUCCGCAUGGCUAUUGCUGAGGAGCAGAAGAAAGUGGUCUGGGUGGAACAAAUGCCUCACUGAACCUUUUGGAAAUGGGCAAGCGUGUGGCGGUCCUUUGUCUCAGGGCCUUGGAAGGACUUGACAGUGGUGCAAUAUAUUCUGAACUAAGCUCAAGUGGGACUCGGGGCAUGUUUGUUCAAACUUUCUGAACACUCUUCUAUACGCACACACACACAAAACACACACACUUCCAAGCUUAAUUGACCUUUUGCCUCCCAACCCUGACCGCACACCCCGCUAUGCAAAGUCUUAUGUUGACUAGGAAAGACAACGCUUCUGUUCCAUUGAAAAUCAAGACAUCGUUCAGCUGAGUUAAAAAAAAAUUCAGACAUGUUUCAUUCUGUGGCUUGUCCCCAAUGGGCUUGUUCCUAUUAUUCCCUGCAUUUUGCUUAAAAUGUUGAAAAGAAGGUGCUUUGGGGCCAAAGCGAGAGAGACCCCUUGAUUUCAAUGGGGCAAGUAGGCAAAGGAUUCGACCCUUCACAGCUCAAUAAAUAUGCACUCACUAUACACUGUUAACACAUGUACAAAUGAAGAACAGUGGGAUGUUGUAUGAUUUGCUAUGCUCAUGCCCUACAUUUCCCUCCCCCAGAAUAUACGGGACCCUUGUGGCCUCUCUUUUAGUGUACUGGGUAUCCCAGAUCUCUCUGGCCUUCUGUCAGCACCUGCUUCUCAAGCAUCUUGCAACAUUAAUACACUGCAGGUGUUUAA